CCAAACACCAAUUUCAUGGGUCAACUCAAUGAUCAUUUCAGUCACCUGUCAAGAAAAGUACAGAGUUCAGAGUUCAGAAACGUGGAUGGAUUCGAUCCCAACAAUGUCAAUCAGAAUGUGCUACCAACACUACUAAGGUUAAGGUUGGGUUUAAGCAAGAGGACAGUGUGGGGACAUAAUACACAAAUAACUGAACCGGUCUUUGACCCGUCUCCCAUGUUUUCUAUUUUAGCUCCAGCAAAGAUAAGGCCUGGAACAAAACAGAAAAUCCUGCUAGAGGGUCUGAAUCUGUCCCGGGUAAUAAAAGUCUCCAUCGAGGUCUAUGACUAUCCAGUUUUCCAAUCUGUCUUGUCGCGGGCCUCAGUUCUCCUAAAAUCAAACAGCAACUACAGCGCCCUCACGACCAUUGAGAUUGAUCCAAAUAUGCUACUUCCAGAUGGAAAGAAGAAAUAUGUGAAGCUGGUUGCUCAGUUUAGCACCUUCCAUCGUGCAGAACAAGUAAUACCGGUGUCGUUCCGCUCUGGAUACAUCUUCAUUCAGACUGAUAAACCUGUUUACAACCCUGGGGACUCAGUGCGCUGCAGGGCUUUUGUAUCUGAUACAGAAUUCCGUGCUUCUGAGAGAAUCAUAUCUUUUGAGAUUCAGAAUCCAGAUGGUAUUGCAGUACAUGGUAUUUCCAGAGUCAAAGCAAUCGAUGGGAUACUAUCGGAUACCUACCUCCUCUCCACUGUAGCCAAAGAGGGCAAGUGGAAAGUUGUUGCAAAGUUUGAUCAGGGAAAAGAGAACAUUUUCAGCAGAGAGUUUGAAGUAAAGAAAUAUGUGCUCCCAGCCUUCAAUGUCACUUUGACUCCAAAGACGUCCCACCUCGGUCUAGAUGCAGAUAAGCUGGAAGUAGAAAUAACAGCCAGGUAUCUUUAUGGUGAACCAGUGCAAGGUGUUGCAUAUGUUCUGUUUGGUAUUGAAAUAAACGGUGAGAAGAAGAGACUCACAUCUAUGAAACAACUGAAUGAUCUGAAUGGAGGAAUUGUUAGUUUGACCAUGGAGGAGAUAAAGAUGGUCUAUCCUGACACAAACAGCCUGCUGGGGUCUUCUGUGUACGUCAAAGCGUCAGUACUGACCAGCUCAGGUAGCGAUCUUGUGGAAGCAGAGAAAUCCGGCAUUAAAAUAGUAAUAUCUCCAUACAUGCUCUCCAUCAGGGAUGCACCGAAGUAUUUCAAACCUGGCCUGCCAUUAGGCAUGACGGUUACAGUGAGUAACCAUGACGGCUCUCCAGCCCCUAAUAUUCCUGUUAAAAUCAGCUUUCUUGAAAGUCCAAUCAGUGUCCACAGCGGCACCAUCAAAGUCUACAUCAACAUGCCUAACUUGGCCAGUUCAUAUGGUAAUUCACAGAUACUUAAAGUGGAGACAGCAAAUCCUUUACUGAAACCAGAACAGCAGGCUGUUGAAGAGGUGCGUGUGGAACCGUAUGCCUCUUUUAUGGGCUUCAGGCAUUACCUGCAUAUCUCAGUGGGUUCCAGUCGAGUGGUGGUGGGCGACAGUCUCAACGUCCAAGCGUACAUCAAAUCCUCAGCAAAAUCAAAAAAGUUUGUGGAGCAGCUGACAUAUGCCGUCUUGAAUAAGGGAAACAUAAUCCAUGCUAGUAGAGUGAAUGUCAAAGACCUAGAUGUCAUAAACAUUCCUCUGCUGGUUACCACAGAAAUGCUACCUGCGUUUCGGAUUGUGGCGUAUUACAUUUUGCCAUGGAAAUAUAGGGCGGAAGUGGUGGCAGACUCUGUGUUUGUUGAUGUGGAGGACCGGUGUGUAGGUUCGCUCAGUGUAGGACCAGUGGAGGGUGAAAAAUUCAAUUCCUACUCACCAGGCAGCAGCUUUAAAUUUCAAGUCAAAGGUGAUCCGGGAGCAAAGGUCAGCCUGGUUGCUGUGGAUAAUGCCAUCUUUCUGUUGAGUAAAAACCGCCUGACGCAGAAGAAGGUGUGGGAGGUGGUGGGACAGGGUGAUAUGGGCUGCACCUCAGGAGGAGGCAAGAAUAAUAUGGGUGUUUUCAGUGAUGCAGGACUGAUGUUUUAUUCCAGCACAGGAGGUUCCACUGACUACAAAAAAGAUUGCUCCAGUAGAUCUAGAAGAAGACGUUCUGCGGCCAAACUGCAGCUCAGAGAGCAGCUGGAGAAGGUAUAUUCUGACCAGUUCCUGAAGAGAUGUUGUGUGGAUGGCAUGAGGGAGAUUCCCAUGCCCUAUUCAUGCUACCGUCGCUCCCUCUACAUCACUGAGGACUGGAGCUGCGUGUUAGCUUUCCUCCGCUGUUGUGCAGAGUACAGAGGGGAGGAGCUCGGUGACGUUACCAGGCCUCCGACGACCACCCUUCCACCAACCACCACCCCUCCACACACCACCACCCACCUUAUUUUACCUACGCUUCAUUAUGGAGUUAACAGGUUUCGUUUUACUUUUUUCAGUUAUUCAGAACGUAUGGAGGGUCACGUCCUCGCAUCUGCCCCUGUCAAAUCUCUGCCGCCAGUACGCGAAGAGAGUCUUGGUGCAAAGAUGGAAGAGGAGGAGGAGGAAGAGGAUCAAGAGUUCGAUGAAGAUGAUUUAGCUGUUAUAGAAGACAUUUACGUGCGCUCCAAGUUCUUCGAGUCGUGGCUGUGGACUGACAUCAGACUGCCCAGUGUACCCAAGUCUGAUGGGCUGGCUGUAUUUCCAGUGGACACCGUUCUUCCUGACAGUAUCACUCAGUGGGGGUUUCUAGCCGUCAGUUCCUCACCUGAGAGAGGUUUCUGUGUAGCUGAACCUUAUAACGUGCGGGCGUGGAAGCCGUUCUUCAUAGACCUGCGGUUGCCUCACUCAGUGUCCAGAAAUGAACAUGUGGAAAUCAAAGCUGUGGUCCACAACUACAGGAACUCAAAACUGGAGGUAAUGGUGAUCCUGGAUAAGACAGAGGACAUGUGUAGUGUGGCAUUUAGUGGACCCCACAGACAGCAGGUUUCAGUACAGGCCAGCUCCUCCAAGCUCAUUACAUACACCAUCAUCCCCCUUAAAACAGGAGAGCUCCCCCUACAGGUCACAGCCAUCGCAGCCUCCUUCAUGGGGCAAGAUGCAGUGAGGAAGAAUCUACGUGUGGUAGUAGAAGGCAUCCAGACAAUUAAAGUGAGGAGCUUUGUGUUGAGCCCCACUGAGAAAGGAGACAGUGCUGGGAGACAGAUGAUAGAAGUGGAGAAGAUGCAGUUGGACGCCGUUGUACCAAAGUCUCUGCCGGAGACAUUUGUGAAUGUCAGAGGUGAUUUGCUGGCAGACAGCAUUGAUAACUCCAUUAAGGAGGACUCACUGGCGUCAUUGAUCCGCAUGCCCGGCGGGUGUGUGGAGCAGAACCUGGCCAGGAUCACACUGCCACUCAUUGCAGCCCAUUACUUGGACCACAGUGCAAACUGGGACAUUGUGGGAAUACAUCGCAGAGAAGAGGCCAUCAAAUACAUACAAAAAGGUUAUGAAAAUCAACUUAAUUAUCGGAAAACCGAUGACUCGUACCCUCCCUACGCCAAAGAAGGCACCAGCACAUGGAUCACUGCGUAUGUGGUGAAGGUGUUCUCCAUGGCACACUCAUUUAUCAGUGUCAGUGAGAAGCAUCUGUGUGGCCCUCUGCUGUACCUACUCAAGAAUAAACAGCAUCCAGAUGGAUCCUUUCAGGAGAACAAUCCUGUCUACGACACUAGUAUGACGGGAGGCCUGCAAGGCUCUGAAUCCAGAGUGUCUCUGACUGCAUUUGUGCUCAUUGCUUUGGCAGAGGCACAAAAUGCUGUUACCUGCAAAGAGCCAGACCUCGACAUACAGGACAAGACCAGAAAAGCAGCGAUGUUUCUAAGAGAGCAUUUCUCCCGGCUGACGAGGCCGUACACAGCAGCUAUAGCAUGCUACGCCUUAGCAGUUUCCAACCACGGCUGCAUGAAGAGCAUGUUGUUAAAUUUAGCCUCACCUGACCGUACCCACUGGCCUGACUCUUCUAAUCAUUUCUUCACACUGGAAGCUACAGGCUACGCAUUGUUAGCGCUUGUCAAAAGUGGCCACAUGGAAGAAGCAGUCGCACCCUUUCGAUGGCUGAGCGAGAAGCGUGGCAUUGGGGGAGGGUACGGCUCUACUCAGUCUACUAUGGUCGUGCUACAGGCCCUGUCUGAGUACCUAGUGAAGAGCCCUCCUCCUUCUGACCUCAAUUUGUUGGUGCAGCUCAGUGUUCCCGGUCGAAGUGACGUACGCUGGACCUUCGAUCCCAAAGUUGCUUAUGUGGCCCGAUCCUCACGGGUACCGCUUGACCAGAAAUUCACAGUAGUGGCUUCUGGGAGGGGCAAGGGAAUUUUGGAGGUAGUGACUGUGUACCACCAGCUUCCUGCUGUGUACGAGAACAGCACGUGUAACGGCUUUCAGCUGGACGUCUCCAUCGCUGAGACUAAUGAAAAACCCCCACCGGAUGUAGAAAAGUCCUACAGACUCAAUAUCCACGUGAGGGCUCUGGAGGGACGCCAAGUGAGGAUGGUGAUUCUGGACAUCGGCCUGCCUACUGGCUUUGAGCCUGAAAACUCAGAUUUAGAGUCGCUUAAAAAUUCAGUGGACCGCUAUAUUAACAACUUUCAAGUGGUGGACAACCUGAGUGACAGAGGAUCCCUCAUAAUUCACUUGUUUAAGGUGUCCAGUACUGAGACAGACAUGAUCUCAUUCAGACUGCAUCAGAAAUUUAAAGUGGGGCUCCUUCAGCCUUCCACUGUCACAGUUUACCAGUACUACAACAAAGAUAAGCGCUGUAGCAGAUUCUACUCUCCUCCUGAAGACCAACAGCAGCUCGAUCAGAUCUGCAAAGACGACGUGUGCCGCUGCUCACAGGGUGACUGUUGUGUAAUGAAAGAGGACUCCUUGUCUUUUGGGAAAGAACAGAGGAAGGCUGCUGUGUGCAAUGGAUUACAUCAUGCCUACAGGGUCAAACUGAUCAGCGCCAGCCAGAGUCACUAUGAUCAGUAUGAUAUGGAGAUUGUGCAGGUUAUCAAAGAGGGGACAGAAGAAGGUCUGAACGAGAAGGAAAGAAGAAUGUUCCUUUCUCAUGCAAGUUGUAGGACAGGGCUUGGUUUGAGAGAAGGUCAGGACUAUCUGAUCAUUGGGCCGAUCGCUGAUGUUUGGCAAGCAGGGAGCACGUCCAACAGGUAUGUGUAUACGCUGGGUAAAGACACGUGGGUCGAGCGCUGGCCGGCCGAGUCUGAAUGCGGUGCUGGAUCUGCUCUGCAGGUGAAAUGCAACGAGCUGAAGAGCUUCGCAACGGCACUGACAGAAAGCGGCUGUCAGUCUUGAGCCAAAUGCUAUUCUUUGAACUGAUGAAUUGUCAUGGUUAUUGGUUUCAGUCCACUGAAAUAAAUUUGACGUAGAUACA